UGAGGGGCAGCUUGCAGCUUGCAGGCUUUUCCAAAGCAGCGGUUCCUAAUGGAGUAAUAAAGUGAUUAAAUAUAGAAUUCAAGUUUGACAUUUGAUUGAAUAUUAUUUCCGGUCGUUUUGCGUGACCUGUUUUUCCGUUCUCAUGAAGGCAUUGAUAUUUGAACGACACAUGUCUAGAAAACAGACGAAGACGACCCGUCUCCAAUUUUGAAGAACUGUGAUUUUUUUGUCCACAUCAGCAAGAGUUAUCAUGGGUAACAAACACUCAUUGGGCUGCUGUUAUUACAACGUCAGUCCUCAACCCCAACGAAAAGUCAAUGAUGUAUCUGAACGAAGAGUGUUAGAAGCACAUGAACCCUGCAGGGCCGAAAGUACAACAAACCUACAGCAUAUCAGUGAGAGAGAACCUGAAGAUUGGCAAUCAGACCCGUCUCUCCACCCGAAAGCUGAAACAAUAUUUAUGGAAAGAUCAAGAGCUGCUAUUCAUGAGGGACUAGAAAGGAGGAGAAGCCAACUUCAGCUCCAUGAUAGAGGGACCUUGAAAAAAUCCAACUCUUGUUCUACCAUCUAUGUAGAUGAGAGUACUGUUUGUCAGCCUAAUUUAAAGAACACUAUCAAGUGUGUGACACUAGCCAUUUACUAUCACAUCAAGAACCGACAAUCAGAUAGGCAAAUGGAUAUUUUUGACGAGAAACUUCAUCCUUUGUCGAAGGACGGUGUUUCUAAUGACUACUGCCGGUACAAUCCCGACCACCGCCAAGUCUACAAGUUCGUCAGAACGUUAUUCAACGCCGCCCAACUGACAGCCGAGUGUGCCAUCAUCACCCUGAUUUAUUUGGAAAGAUUAUUAACCUACGCAGAAAUCGACAUUACCCCUGGAAAUUGGAAAAGAGUGGUGCUGGGUGCCAUUCUAUUAGCUUCCAAAGUAUGGGAUGAUCAAGCAGUUUGGAAUGUUGACUAUUGCCAAAUUCUCAAAGAUAUCACAGUGGAAGAUAUGAACGAGUUGGAGCGUCAUUUUUUGGAAAUGCUUCAAUUCAACAUCAAUAUUCCGUCGAGCGUUUACGCCAAAUAUUAUUUUGACUUGCGGACGCUUGCCGAGGCGAAUGAAAUGAAUUUCCCAGCUGAGCCUUUGACGAAAGAGAAGGCAACCAAGCUCGAGGCCAUGUCUCGUGUCUGCGAGGAUAAAUUGGCAUCUGAUAUUUUGCGAGCAAAUUUGAAACGCUCAGCCAGCAUGGACAAUGUCAACAUUUCACGCCGGAGCAUAGCCAUCCUGUCGUAAAUGAAGACGUCUUUUGUCAUUGUGUAACGCAUCCUCCGUCUUGUUUUUUGCACUCCCAGACAUUCAAGAUCCCCCAAACACUUUUUUCCCCCCUCGUCUACCGUAUCCUUUCAAGACAAUGAGGCUGGACUUCUUCCUUCCCACUCCGUUGGCUUCUUCUUCCCAUCAAAAGUGCCUCAUGACACUCUCAUGACUUGUGAAAAAUCCUUUAUCCCAUUGAUUAUUUUCCACGAGGAAAAAAAAUUUACUUAAUCAAUUACGAUUUCUAUUUUCUCUCUCCCUACUGAUUUUUUGUUCAUUUUCUUGCCUUAAUUUUCUUUUUUCACUUUUUAUUAUUUUUAAAAAAAAUCCAUUGCAUGCUUGAAAUGAUUUAGCUCUCCUAGUCAAUCAACGUAGAUUCGAGGAUGAAACACCAGGCGUUACGCCACACCAAGUCUCCCGAAAAAACACGCCAUUUAAACUAACAAAAGAAAAAAGGACAGAGUAAAAGAAAGAGAGAGAGAAAAAGAUAAUGACUUAACCAAUGUAAAUUUUCUUUACUCCCAAACUACUCGUCCUACAUAUUACUACCGAAAAAGAACUACACAAAAUUCUUAUUUUCUCCCCUAUCCCCAAAAUUUCCCAGCCCUCGGUUUCCGUUUUUUGACAGUCUCGAUUGGAUGCCUAAUAUUCCCCCCCCCCUUUCAGCUCCCCCCUAUAUCCCUUCCAAAAUAAAAAAGUUUUGCGGUUUCUUCCUUUUGUUUUUCAAAAAAAAAAAUUUCGGUUUAAUUCUUCCGGUACAUAUUUCACAUGUGAUGAUAUGCCGUUGAUGGACAAUUAAUGAUAAUAAAGACAUGUCAUUCAAA